AUGACUACUACGUUGUCGGAAGACUGGCAAAUCGAGACAAAAACGGUGUUAGAAAGAAACAAGUUUAUGUUCAACAAAAGUUUAAUGAGCGAUGUGACUUUUGUGGUCCGCGAGAGCGAUGGGACGGAUGAAAGAAAUAUGUAUAUCCCUGCCCACAAGUAUGUGCUGGCGACUUCGAGCCCUGUCUUCUUUGCUAUGUUUUAUGGAAAUCUUGCCGAGAAAUCAAACGAAAUUCAUCUCCCCGAUGCAGAUUCGAGCAGUUUCUUGGAGUUUUUGAAAUACCUGUAUUCCGAUGAGUGUAAACUGACGGUUGAAAUCGCCAUAGAUGUACUGUAUUUGGCAAAGAAGUAUAUAAUACCCUACCUUGAGAAAUUGUGCACCAGUUUCUUACAAGAUAACAUCACUGCGUCCAAUGCGUUCACUCUGCUUUCGCAGUCGUUGAAGAUCGGCGAAGAAGAUCUGCAGAAGAAAUGCUGGUAUUACAUCGACUCUCACUGCCAGGAAGCGCUUGCAUCCGAUGCUUUUUUGAAUGUCGAACAAGCGAUUCUACACAGCAUGCUGGAAUUAGAAACUUUAAAUGUGAAAGAAAUUAACUUGUUUCAUGCGUUGGUCAAAUGGUCCGAUCAUCAGUGCAAGGUGAAAGGGCUCGAACUAACGUCCGAGAAUAAGCGCGCUGUCCUAGGUGAUGCAGUGUACUGUGUGCGUUACCUGACUAUGACGCAAAAAGAGUUUGCUGAGAAUGUAUCCAAAACAGCCCUACUUAAUAAAGAUGAAGUCAUUGCCAUUUUUCAGAUGCUUAACGAUGUCCCGCCAUCCAAUAGCGAGCUCCAAGCCACCUUAAGUAAACGGAUUCAAGGAAAACCACGUCAAUUGAAACCUACACAACGAUGUUCUCGAUUCAGCCAAGACCAGAUCCGGACGUCUAAAACUCUCGGGGGUUGGCAAUACACGUCCGGGCAUCCGGACAUCUUAAAUUUCUCGGUAGAUAAAGAUAUAUACUUCCACGGCGUUCGGUUGUUUGGUGCCAUAGGGCAUAACAGCCGCUAUACUGUGGAGUUGACCUUUAAUAACGUCAAGGUUAAUGAUCGAUUUUACUCUGAGAGAAAGAAUACGCUGAUUCCUGGUUUUGAUGUGUUGCUACCAUCACCUGUGGUCGUUAAGAAAGGUCAAUGGUAUGAGAUAUCAGCCCUGGUCAAAGGGAAUGGUUCCUACUAUGGCGAGCGUGGUGCAAGUUCUGUCAAUGUGCUGGCGUCUCGUUCAAUUUCCGCGAUUGUUCGGACCUUGAUGUUCCGAAUAAUAAGACGUUGA